UCGUCGAGAAGAAACGCCGCGUCGCAUCGCAUCGCCACCGACUUCUGCUCCGCUGUCUCCGUCGAUCUCGGUUCCAGUCACUCUCUUCUUCCCCUCGCCGCCAUUCCUUGCAUCUGCUCUGUUUCUAUUCGGUCUUGUUCGAAUUGGUUGAGGUCCUAUUUGAAUCUGUUAACUUUCUGUUGUUGGCGGCGCAUCGAUGGAGCAUAGUUCGAGGUGUGAUGUAAUAUCAUAAAAUUAAACAAAAGAAAGAGAGAGAGAUCUUUUCCCGUCCUCGUACUUAUUUCGUGUCCCCGUUGAUUCGUGUGGGAUUUGUAGUUUCACUCCUCGUUUCAUCGAUCGAGUUGGAUAACGAGUGGUGUUGAAGGGGCCAAAAAUGGUGAUUAACUGGCGUAGGCGCUCCAAUAUGCAAUCUUUCCUCAGUUGCACGACGCCGAGGGUUCCCGUUUGCCCCCUCCCAAAGACAAAUUCUCAGCCAAUCUUACAACGCAAGGUUGAGUAUUUUAAUCUUGGAGAUCUUUGGGAUCAGUAUAGAGAGUGGAGUGCAUACGGGAUUGGAGUCCCAAUCAUUCUUGAUAAUCGUGAUAGUGUAGUUCAAUAUUAUGUUCCGUACCUCUCUGCGAUCCAAAUUUACACUAGCAAAUCCCAUUCUCUCACGAGGUGUAUGUUGGAAGAUAGUGAAAAGGAAUCAUUCAGUGACGACAAUGAGAGUGAGAAAUUGUCUCGAUCAUCGGAUGUUUCAGAUGAUUCUCUGUUUGACCAGGACGUUUCUUGGUCAGCGAGACAUCUUUUAGGGCAAUUGUACUUGCAGUAUAUAGAAUAUGGUUCUCCUUAUGGAAGGAUACCUCUCUUUGAUAAGGUAAAUGAACUAGCACAAAACUAUCCUUGUUUGACAUCGUUCAAGAGUGUGGACAUCUCACCAGCUAGCUGGAUUUCGGUUGCCUGGUAUCCAAUUUACCACAUUCCAUCUUGCAGAAAUGUGAAGGAAUUGUCUACUUGCUUUCUAACUUAUCAUACAAUCUCCGCAUCCUUCCAAGAAAACAACUAUGUGCCAGAGGAAGUUGGCAAUGACUCAUGUUCCACAAACGCAGGUGACGUGAAGGAGAAAAAGAGCAGCCACAACCGUGUUUCACUUUCUCCCUUUGGUCUCGCCACAUACAAACUGCAGGGCGGCCUGUGGGUAAACCCUGAAACGCCAGACAGUGACAUGAUGAGCUCCCUCUACAGUGCAGCAUACUCUUGGCUGAAGCAGUUAGGAGUCGAACACCAUGACUUCGACUUCUUCACUACUCACUAAAUGGAAAAUAACAUCUACCUUUCCCCAAGUGCUUGUUCCUCUAGCAACCAUGAACCUCCUGAAGUAGAGUUCUGAAUAACACUGAAGAGCAAAUCUUUUUCUCCAAACUAAUAAGAUGAUAGGGCUAAUAAUAAGUGAUUCUGAAACUCUUGUGAGUGGUUUGCCAUGAGUUUUGUAAUUGAGUGACUUGUACCGGGGCAUGCUGAUAGUUCUCACUUUCGAGUUUCAUUUUAGUCCCAGCUUUCUGUAGCAAAUAACCUUCAAAUGUACCCAUGUUACUUGCAAAUUACGAGCAGUGUAAGAUGAUGAAUUAUCGCCGGUUGGUCAUAUGA